GCCACCGUUCCCUUCAAUAUGGCUGCCCCCAAGGGGAGGGGAGGUAAACGUGAAGGUGGAGUGUGCAGGCCCUGAAUUUCUCAUCAUAUGGAUCGCUGCGCAGAGUUCAGGAGAUGGAAAGCGCAGUGUUUGGGCAAAGCGGACCUCAGCCGGAAGGGCAGUGUGGACGAGGACGUGGUAGAGCUUGUACAAUUCCUGAACGCGCGAGAUCAGUUUUUCACCACCAGCUCCUGCGCUGGCCGCAUCCUCCUCCUAGACGGGAGUAUAAAUGGUUUUGAAGUUCAGAAACAAAAUUGUUGCUGGCUACUGGUCACACACAAAUCUUGUGUAAAAGAUGAUGUGAUUUUAGCUCUGAAGAAAGCAACUUCUGAUACCAUUUUGAAAUUUGAACCAUUUGUUCUUCAUGUGCAGUGUCGACAGUUGCAGGAUGCACAGAUUCUGCACACAGUGGCCAUAGAUUCUGGUUUCAGGAACUCUGGCAUAACAGUGGGAAAGAGAGGAAAGACUAUGUUGGCUGUCCGAAGCACACAUGGAUUAGAAGUUCCAUUAAGCCAUAAGGGAAAACUGAUGGUGACAGAGGAAUAUAUUGACUUCUUGGUAAACAUAGCAAAUCAAAAAAUGGAGGAAAACAAGAGGAGAAUUGAAAGGUUUUACAACUGCUUACAACAUGCUUUGGAAAAGGAAACUAUUACUAACUCACAUCCCAAAAUCAAAGAGGAAAAUAACUCAUCAUAUACUCAUAAGAAGAAAAGAAAGCCAGAAAAAGCACAUAGCAAAUGUAUUACUGAAGAAAAUGAUAACAAACUUGAAAAUGAUGAUGAUGACCCAGGAAUCGGUGUUAUUUUCCCUGAAAAUUACUAAGAUUUGGUUCUGAAGGGUCUUGAUGGAAUAAUGUUUCUAGUAGACAUUAUAAACUGCUCUUUAUAAGA